AUGUUGACUGUGGUACUGACCAUAACAGUACUGACCACUAUGUCUUACUCUGCUGUCAGUGCAAACGAAGAGAACAUACCCUGUACAAAAAACUGCCGCUGCGAUGAUUCAGAAACGGUGUACUGUGAGCAAGCUGAAUUCGAACGGAUACCAGCGGAAUGGCCGUCGACACUGCGAGUCUUUCAUAUAAUAAACUCAUCACUUUCUGCUCUACAUAAAAAUGCUUUUAGAAGAUAUCCGGAUGUGGAGGAAGUGAUGAUCGAGCACUGCCAUCGAUUACAAGCUGUUGAAAAAUUUGCAUUCAAAAAUUUGAAACGGCUGAAGUAA